GUUAGAAAACAAAGCAUUACAUUUUUGAGUGUCAAAUUUAAGAUUAUCACCAUUUUACAUCUUACUGGAUUAAAAUGUUUUAAAUAUAAAUUACAUACAUUGAAUUGCAAGAAAAGACAUUUAAAUGAAUCCUCAAUGUGCAAAGUGUGAGAAAACUGUUUAUCCGGUGGAAAAACUCAACUGUCUUGAUAAGUACUGGCACAAGAGUUGUUUCAAGUGUGAAUCCUGUAACUUGAAGUUAACCAUGAAAAACUAUAAAGGUUACAACAAGCUACCCUAUUGUGCAACACAUUACCCAACAACAAAGUUUACAGCAGUAGCAGACACCCCCGAGAACAAAAGACUCCAACAAAAUACGUCAAUGCAGAGUAACAUUGUAUACCAUAAAGAGUUUGAAGGACAGAAGGGACAAUUUACUGCAGUCGAUGACUCAGGGAAACAGGAUUUUACUGAGCAAUUACAACAAAAAGCCCAAGUCGAUCCGCCCCAACCGGAAACUGUUGAAUUGAUACGUUCUCAGGCACCAGCACCAGAACCAGAUCCUACACAAGAAAUGCUGCAACAAUCUGCUGAAGAUGACGCUAUUUAUCGCGCCCUUUAUGAUUACGCAGCAGGUGAUGAUGACGAGGUCAGCUUUAAUGAGGGAGAUAUCAUUACAGAUUGUGAGAUAAUAGAUGAUUCUUGGUUGAAAGGUACAGUGAUGUCAACUGGAGAACAUGGGAUGAUGCCAUCGAAUUAUCUCGAAAAGCUUUAAAAACCGUGACCUAAGCAGCUUGUUUUUAGUGUUCAGACUUAAAUUUAGUUGUUAUUUGUUAUUUCAUGGUGCGAGACAUAAUGUUUUUUUUCUGUGAAACAAAAGAAAAAAUGUGUUUUUCGAAGAUAGUUAUAUGAGAAUUUCUGUAGUUUCAGAUAAUUUUUGUUGACGUCAGUCAAUUUUGGUUUCAAUUUUUCUUGGAUAUCAUAUUGCUUUAUCACAACUGAUAAUAUAAUCACUAUAUUAUAAUAUGCAUUUGUUCUUCUAACUCAAUUGACUCUGAAUGAGUUGAGUUACAUUGUAAUCAGAAUAAAAACUUAAUUGCAGUGUUCACGGUUUGCUUAUCCCGAUUCUGAUUAAAACUGCUAAAAUCUUCUUCACUUCAUUAUCGGGAAUUUUUCAGACAUUACUCUUUUUUCGAUUUGAAUGAUUUAUGCAUUGUAUAUUUACAUAAAUAUAUAAUAACUCUGUGCCUAUCAAAAUUAUACAAGAACAAAAAUGGCACACUUAAGGAAAAAUACGUCUUAGCAAUGGUUUGUAAUUUUACAGUUAACUGCUUUAAUGCCUUUGUUAUUUCAAAUUCUUUUUCUACUUUAAUACUACGAAAUAAAGAAAGUAUUUCAUAUGUGUCAGUGAGGCAAUAAUAUAUAGUAGUUGUAAAAAACGAAUGGCAAUAUUUCCUAAAAAUAUGUCUUCCCAUGACAGGUCGCAUUCUACACAAACCGUUUACAGUAGUUACAUAAUUAUUAUUUUGUCAUCCGCCAUCACUAGUUGGGUGACCAUUAUGGAAUGUCCGUUUCACAGAUGAAGACGGAUAUGUGCCAAUCGUCGUAACCUCAAUCCCGUCCUCCUUUUUCCGAAUGUGACCUACCGAAUUAGGCCCAUCACUAGGUUUGUACUUAUAUGACAACACGACGUAGAGCAGGAUCUUUUUAAACUUCUGGAACACUUGAGAUCACCCCCGGUUUUGGUGGAGGUUCGUGUUGCUCAAUCUUGAGUUUUUUAUGUUGUGUUUUGCAUUCUGUUUGUCUUUUUGGUCUUUUUCUUUUUCUUUUUCUUUUUUUAUUUUUGGCAUGGCGUCAUCAGUUUAUUUUCGACUUACGAGUUUGAAUAUCCCUUUGGUAUAUUUCGCCUCUCUUUUAUAAGAUACACAAACUGUCUUCAUGUUUUCAUGAAACAGGCAAUAUCCUCUUUCUUUUUUUUAUGAUAACAUUUUGUAAAAUAAUUUUGGUGCAUAUUUGCAAUAUAGUAUUGAAUUUAGUUUACAUUCAUAAUAAGUUAAGCAAAGUUUGCGUAAAAACGGCACUUAACUCCAUUUCUCUGACGCUUUUCAACAAUUUCAAUUUACAUGCCAGUUAAGACAUUUGUUCCUAAUUUUCAAAUAAUAAGAUCAAACUCCGACGAUAUUUCGUCAUAUGACAGGUGGUAUUCUUUACAAACCGGUUUACGGCAUUCACAUAAUCAUUAUUAUGGCAUUCCUUUUUUUUUUAUUCCUUGAACUUCUGUCUAAUUGACGUAUUUCCAACAACUCCUUCAUAGUAAAGUAUAAAAUGAAUCUAAAAUAACAAAGACAUUUACGGAGUUAAUAUGUAACUGUAAAAUUACUUCACAAGUUCUAUGAUCAUGAACUGUUCAUUAUUAAUGACCGUUAUUAUAUCGGUAGCAUUAAAAUGUGCUUUGAUUAAUGAACAUGCUGUCUGUAACAAAUAUAAUUUUUAUAUUAUACUUAUAUUCUAGUAUUAUUAUGCUUUCUUAAAUAAAGGUCUCAUCGCG